GUCAUUUGCCGCAUGUUGGAAAAACCACGCUGCUGAGUAUUUGUAAAUUGGUGAAAAUGAUUGCCAAAAUUAAGAAAAAUACCACUGUUAAAGUGAAGAAAAGCAAGACCUUGGAGAAGACGGUUCCCAAGAAGAAGGAUGCAGUGGAGAAGAAGCCGAAAGUGAAAAAGGAGCCUCAGGCACCGCCAAAGAAACUGAAGGGAAUUUCCAAGCGCUUCAAUGUGGAAAAACCCGUGAAGAAGAGCAAAAUCAAGGCCGAGGUGAAAACCGAGAAAACUGAAGAAAAUGUCACAGAAACCGCGGCAGCUGAGAAACUUACCAAGGUUUCCGGACGAAGGGCGAAACCAUACAAUUGCGGUGUUGUCCAGAUCAGAAGCCUGCCUCAUGGGUUCUUCGAGGAGCAACUGAAGGCGUUCUUUGAGCAAUUCGGGGUCGUGAACCGCGUGCGGGUGGCCAGAUCGCUGAAAACUGGGAAGAGCACUGGUGUGGGCUAUGUCGAGUUCAGAGUUGCGGAAGUGGCUGAGAUUGCCGCCGAUACGAUGAACAACUAUCUUCUAAUGAAGAGCAUCUUGAAGACCAAGUACAUCCCGCCAGAGAAGGUGACGCCUCGCUUGAUGCACAGUCGCGUGAAAGUGAAGAUGCAGAACGGCAAGGAAGUGGUGCUGUCGUCGACUAAUGCUCGCCGGAAAGGGGCUAUUCAGAGCCACAACUCGAAGCCCACGCCGAAGAGGAUUGAGAGGCGGCAAGAGAGACUGAAGAAGAAAGUGCAGGGGAAAAAACAUCAGCUGUCCGAGGCAGGAAUUGACUUUGAUGUCGAGAGCGUGGUGAAAAAGCCAAAAAUGAAGGCUAAGGAAAACCCCGAGACUCAUGAAAAGACCGAGAAAACUGAGAAGAAGCCUAAAGAGACGAAAAAAGUGGAAAAAGAUAAAGCUGAGAAGUCUCCCGUGAAGCCUGCCAAAGCGAAAACUGCGAAGAAAGCUGUGGUAAGUAAGAAAGUAAAGGAGGAAAAGAAGGCGAAAGAGAGUCCGAAGAAAAGCGCGGUUAAAAAGAAGAAAAUAUCCAUAAAAUUGGCUCCAAUUAAGCCCAAGAAAGUUGAUUCCCCGAAGAAGGACGCUAAAAAGGGGUUGAAGAUUAAAGUGGGUCAAAAGAUGGCGGGUAAGAAAAGUAAGAAAAUUGUCUAAAUAAAUAUAUCGAUAGAGUUAUAUUUUUAUAAUAAA